AUGGACGAAGGGGCAGCUCCACUUAAUCAGCAACAACAACAAACUACCGGGGGCUCACCCACAGAAACAACAGAUGGCACCGUCUCCAAUUCAACAUUACAGAAUGAGGCCACCAGCGGUGAGAAGAGUGACAGUGGUAAGGUGGCUUCAGCAAGUGCUACCGCGAAGGCUUCGAGGAAACGUACAAAGACAGGAUGUUUGACCUGCCGAAAACGUCGCAUAAAAUGCGGAGAAGAACGCCCAACCUGCGGGAAUUGCAUCAAAUCCAAACGUAACUGCGAGGGAUACAACCAACGCGUCGUCUUCAAGGACGGUAUGAACGGGAUGUAUAGGCCUGGGAUGCUGGGUGCGGCAGGAGGUACGGGUGGUUCGUCAACAGAUAAUCGACGUCUUAUACAACCAUAUCCCAUCCAACCUGCCCCAGCUCCUGGGUCGUCUGUUACACAUCAGCCAAUUGCAAUUCGACCUGCACCGGUCCCACAGGCACAGGCAGAAGCAUACUUGAACCUCGCCCAAGACCAGUCCAAACCACCACAUCUGAGGUCCAUAUAUGCGGAACGUGGACAAGCACUCCAGGCCCAUGAGCAGCUACCUCCCCAUCCAUUGACACCGUCGGAUCCACAUGUGCAACCCGAGCAGUAUGGACAUCACGAUCCAUACCAGCAGCAGGUACCCGUGUCGCAGUCCAACGACCCUACGGGCCAGUACCCGCCUUACUAUGUGAAUGUAUCAGGUCCGGGGACGGGGUCCUUCCCUAGAGGAGUUGAUAGGUCCCUUCCACCAGGAUCGUCUACUGAAUUUGGUGCUCAAACAUUUUAUCCAACACCUCAGUAUAUCGGAUCAUCGUUGGCGCCUUCUUUUCCAUCGUCUCACCCGUCGGCGUCAAACUCAUGUACUUUCGACCCACCAAUGCCUACGAAGUACACCAUGGAACAGAUGAAUCAACCAGGGCAGGAGUUCUCGGAUAAUCCGACUUCCACGUCCUACCCAGAACCACCUAUGAUUGCUGCUCCUAGCCACGACCUCUACUUUCUCGGGCCAGAGACAGCACACCUAUCUCAUCGUCGCGCAAGUGGGGUUGAAUAUAACGACGAUGAGGACGAUGAUCUAUACGACGUAGAAGACGACGAGGGGGAGGACGACGACGACGACGAUGACGACGACGACUAUGAAGUGCAUGAACUUGACCAGAUGAUGCUUGACCCGGACGGCCAAUCAAUCUCACCCAGAGCCCAUAUCAGCAACAUCAUCGCCCCACUCAGCAAGCAUCUGAAUGAGCACAGCAGAAUAUCAUUCAGGAGCUUUCUGCCCGACCAGAACACACUGACAAACUACCACCCGUCAAUGAGCUCAAGCCCGCUCAUGAACAGCACCACAGCAAAGAUCUUCUGCCACUUUGUAUACGUCCUCGGCCCCAGCCUGUCGCUGUUUGAGCGGCAACCACCAAACCCCCACGUCGCAUUCACGCCCGGGGCCGGGCUGCAGGGCCCGCAGAACGUGUGGUCAUACACGAUCCCGAUGCUGUCGCUGAGCCACCCACCAUUGAUGCACGCCAUACUGGCACUGAGCAGCCUGCACAUCUCAAAGCUCACCAAGGGGCCCUCGCACCCCAGCCUGCUGCACUACCACAUUGCGCUGCGGCGGCUCGGAAAGUCGAUUGCGAGCGACAAGCACCGGGGCCAUGUCGCGACCCUGUCGGCAACCCUCCUCCUAGGGUACUACGAGACCAUGGCCGCGGAGCACGAUAAGUGGAGCUCGCACAUCCACGGCGCGAAGCAGCUGCUGAAGGAGAUUGAUUUCGACCGUGUGGCGAGGCGGGUCGAGAUUCUGGACGAGGAGGACCGCAUCAGCCAGCAGCAGCAGCAGCGCGAGGGCGGCGGUCCGGGUGGUGAGCAGCAGCAUCUGCAGACAGAGGGACAGCUGUGGCCGCCGCCUCCCCCGCCGCCGGGGCAGCAGCCGAGUAUGCUCCGGCUGCGCAAGAUGCGGAAGCAGCAGGUGUACAACGACGCUGACGAGAACUUUGCCUCCAUGCUCUCCGGGCAUGGCCGUGCUGCGCGGAACCGCGGAGCCAGAAGAGGGGGACAGCAGCACUAUCAGCAGCAGGAAGGAGGAGGAGGAGGAGGAGGAGGGGGGGGAGGCACAGCAGCAGGAACAACCACCAGUAAGGAGUUGGAUGUGAUGCAGUUGCAGGCAGACAUGUUUUGGUGGUUUGCCAAGAUGGACUGCUACCAGAGCCUUGUUAGUGGAUGUCCCCUCGUAUUGGACUACAUUUACUGGUCGCAGUGUCCGCCCCGCGCGCGCAUCGGCACGCUCGGCAUGUCGUAUGGCAGCUCCGACCACUACUUCCUCCUGCUCGGAAGGCUGUGCGCGUUCCAGGAGAAGGAUUUGAAGAGGAAGAAGGCGGUGCAGAGGGCCAAUGGCGGGAUGUGGCUUCCUCCGCCGGAGCUGGGAGGCCCGCCGAGAGGGAUGGCGGGCAGAGGGGCUGGGGCUGGGGGGAUGGGGAGAGGGGGGAUGCAGGGGCCACCGCCAGGGUGGACGGGGCCGCCGCCGCCGGGAUGGGGGAGAGGUGGGCCGCCGCCGCCGGGAAUGGGAAUGGGGGGUCCGCCGGGUGGUAUGGGAGGUCCUCCAAAUGGUAUGGGAGGCCCGCCGAACGGCAUGGGCGGGCCGCCAGGUAUGGGGUUCCCAGGUGGACCUCCGAGUGGUAUGGGGCCACCAAAUGGCAUGGGAGGGCCGCCUAAUGGUAUGAAUGGCCCACCUCCAGGCAUGAGCGGUAUGCCGGGCAUGAGCGGUGAGAACAUACAAUACGGCAUGGCACCAGCGCCCUCCGGCCCCCCGCGAGUCCCCCAAGCCUUCGCCCAAAACUUCCCCGAACUCUCCCGCGAAAACGCGCAACGCCACCACUCCCAAAACGAACACCCCGAAGACCUCGCCGCCGCAACCCUCGAAGCCGAGCGCGAAUGGUCCGCCAUCCAACACGCAUUCCACGUCUUCCAGCAGUCCCUCGGCAACGAAUACCAACCCUUGCCAAUCGAAUACAUGCCGGUACAAAACACGCCCUUCGGCGCCGCAAUCUACUACCGCACCUACUCCAUCGCAACACUGCAGAUGCUCUACUACAUGGCCAUGAUCGUCCUCGAGCGCUGCCACCCGUCCAUGCCCGCCGUCACCAUGAUGGCCGCCGGCGUCGCCGCCCCGAAGACUACUAGAAUGGCAAUCGACAUCGCGCGUAUCACGGCCGGGCUGGUCCCCACGGAUCCCAACGGCCAGAUUAACCCCGCGCUCGGCGCGGGGCUCAUCGAGUCGUCGAUGCCGCUGUUCUUUGCGGCCGUGCAGUACCAGGAGCAGGCGCAGCGCGACUGGGUCGUGCGGAAGUUGAGGGAGAUUACGCGGCUGACGGGGUGGGCGACGGCGUCGAGGGUUCUGCUGGGGUGCCAGAGGGCGUGGGAGAGGGCGGCUGAGAUGGGGAAAGGGCCCAGGUAUGAGAGGCCGCCGUUUGAGGAGGAGGGCGAGUUUUUCUAUGAGUGGAAUUUGGGCUCGGGGAGUGCGGGUGCUGCGGGUGGUGGGGGGAUGACGGCGGAGGCGGGGAGUGGCGACGGGAGUGGACGGUAUUUGUGGAGGAGUGCGGGGAGGCGGUUGGCGGGGGCGGCGGGGAUAUUGGGGCCGUUGAGGGAGGAUUUAGGGGUGGGGGAUUUGAGUAUUUAG